AUGUUCGUCUACCAAGGAAAGCUCAACUGGUACAACUACGCCAAGGAUGAGACUUUCGUCAUCGUCCUGCCCAACGGCCCGGUCCGUGUCGGCGAUAGCGUCUAUCUCUUCUCUCAGUGGACGGAAGAUGCCCAACGCAACAAGAAGAAGAACUGGUUUGACACCAUCGUUGUCGAUUCCGUCACUCAGACCCAGACCACCGAUGUGACCUUCGUUCUGAAGGGCGCCUGGUACAACUUUACUAUUACAACUCAGGAAGCGUACAAGUCCCUCAGCGUCGUCAUGAGAAACCCCUCAAACGGAAUCAGCAAGCCCCUGCCUCUCCAGCGCAUUUGGGAGUCCAAGGAAGAGCUCACCGGUACGACCCGCAUCUGGACCGGCAAGUUCAGCUGGAUGCACUUCGCCAAGGAUGAGCCGGCCAUCUUCAUUGUUCCUGAUGGUUUCGGAGAGAACAAGCCCAUCCUCUCCCUUUGGCAGUACACCCAGGACUCAGCUGGAAAGCUCAAGGACCCAUCCUUCCGCAAUGAGGUCCAAAAGUCUGUGUCUGGCAUUGACACCGACGUCGUCAAGUUUUCCUACCAGUCGUACUACGAUAUCAGCUGCACCUGGGAGGCCAAGACUGACAAACUUUCUGUCCAUGUCAAGGAGGGCAGCCACGGCGAGGAUGUUGGCAGCAUGAUCCGCUCGGCCAUCAUUGAGCGUCAAGCUCACACUCACGACUUUAACCCCCCCGAGCCCACUCCAGAGAAGAAGCAGGUCGAAGUCCGCUUGCCCCAGCCUCAGCCUUCGCUCCCCCGUAUUCUUGGCCCUCUGCCUUUCCCCAAGGACAUCGUUGAAACCUUGGCUCAUACCGCUGCAUUUGUGGACCAAGCCGGCUACCUGGCCAAGUAUGCUCAAGAUCGCUUCGCUGCCUUGGAUGCCGACAACCACACCCUUGUUCAUCAGCUCGACGCUGCGCAGGCGAACAUCAAAAACCUCGAAACGGCGAAAGAGGAUCUCACUGUUGACCGUAACAGUGCCAAAGCCAAGGCUGAGCAGCUGGAGAAGGACCUCGCCCAGGCCCGUAAAGAUGCAGACGAGCUCCGCAAGACGAUCAAAGAGCUUCGAAGUGAUAUCGCCAAAGACAAGUUGGGGGAUGAGGAAGCCCGCAAGAUACUGCAGGACACCCAAGCCAAGCUUACAGCUGCGGAAGCCGAAGUCGACUGUCUCAAGCGGGAUCUGUCCGAUGCGCAGUGUGAGGUUAAAGAUCUCUAUGCACACAAUGACGAGCUUCUGAAGAAGAAGGUCGCGCAAGAGAACACCAUCUCGCGCCUUCAAACCGAGUUGAAAGUGCACAACAAGGAGUAUAAGAAGUUGACCAAGGAGUAUGAUCAACUCAGCACGGCCAAAGGGAAGCUUGAGGCUUCCAUCAAGGAGCUUCAGGAGAAACUUGCCGAUGCCACUACCCUAACUGAGGAACAGAGCAAUACAAUCAAGAAGAGGGAUGCAAGGAUCACGACUCUAAUCAAUGAGAAGUCAACCGCCCAGUCACAGGCCACGGCCGCAGAACUGGCACUAACUGAGGCCGAGUCUAAGCUGGCGGACAUCAAGGCGAAGGCCAUCAAAGCCAAGAUUCCACUCUGA